UCCAGUUCCAGGAGAUCCAGCGCCCUCUUCUGGCCUCCACAGCCACUGCAUGCAUGAAGUGCUCAGACAUAAAAGCAGGAGAAACAUCCAUACACAUAAAAUAAAAAAGAGAAAAUGUUCACAUGUAACAACACCAAUCAUAUACAACAAAUAUAUCUGAUGAAAUUUAAAAUGAAUGUAAAAUUCUUUUCCUAACUUAUUUCUGAAGUUGCGUUUCUUGCAUCACACUUCCGUCUUCUCCCUGUUCCCUCAGGGGCUGAGGAAGGGAGCAUGUGGAGGUGGAACCAGACCUCUCUGGAAGACUUCAUCCUCCAAGGGCUCUUUGAUGACUCCUUCAACCACUUUUGUCUUUUCCUCCUGAUCUUGCUGGUCUUCCUUACCGCAGUGAGUGGCAACAGCCUCACCAUCCUCCUCAUCUGUGCCGAUCCCCGUCUUCACACACCGAUGUACUUCCUGCUCAGCCAGCUGUCCCUCAUGGAUCUGAUGCACGUCUCUACAACCAUUCCCAAGAUGGCUAGCAACUACCUGUCUGGCAAGAAGUCCAUCUCGUUUGUGGGCUGUGCCACCCAGCACUUCCUGUACCUGUCUCUGGGUGGUGCAGAGUGUCUCCUCCUGGCCCUCAUGUCCUAUGACCGCUAUGUUGCCAUCUGCCACCCCUUGAGGUACACUGUGCUCAUGAGCAGAAGAGUGGGAGUGAUGAUGGCUGUCAUGUCAUGGUUGAGUGCAUCUGCGAAUUCCCUAAUCCACACAUCCAUCUUGAUGAGCUUCCCUUUUUGUGGUUCAAGAAUCAUCCACCACUUCUACUGUGAGUAUCCUGCUGUUGUGAAGUUGGUGUGUGGUGAUGUCACUCUUUAUGAGACCACAGUCUAUAUUUGCAGUGUUAUACUUCUCCUCCUCCCCAUCAUUCUUGUCUCUACAUCCUAUGGAUUCAUUCUCCACAGUGUCAUUCAGAUGCGUUCAGCUGGGAGUAAGAGAAACGCCUUUGCCACAUGCAGCUCACAUCUCAUUGUGGUUUCUCUUUGGUAUGGUGCCUGCAUGUUCUCCUAUAUGAGGCCCAGGUCCCAGCGAACUCCAUUGCAAGACAAAGUUGGUUCUGUUUUCUAUAGCAUCAUUACUCCCACCCUGAAUCCUCUUAUUUAUACUCUCAGGAAUAAGGAUGUUGCUAAGGCUCUGAAGAGAGUGUUGAGGAGGGAUAUUGUUGUCUAGGGACUGCAAUUAUACUUGCCCUGGAUACAGUACUCCUUACAUUGAUCAGGACAAAACACUAAGACUUUUAGGAUCCAGAUUUCUGAUGCU